AUGGAUAAGGGAAGGUACUUACUUUUCCUGGCGUGUUUCUUCGCCGUAAUAUUGAUUUGCAUGGAAGCUGCACUAGCCAAAACAGAAAACGAGAAGAGCAACAAGGACAAAGACAAGAACAAGAAGGCCCCUUUCGACGCGGCUUCGACAAAUUAUAACGUGCUGACGCCGCUCCCGUCCGGGCAAGAACGAGCUUUCUGCAAAGCCAGAGGGGCCUGCAACCAAAAGACUCUUGUUUGUCCGGCUGAAUGCCCUCAGAGGAAGCCAAAGAAGAACAAGAAGAACAAGGGGUGCUUUGUUGAUUGCAGUAGCAAGUGCGAAGUCACUUGCAAGUGGAGAAAAGCCAACUGCAACGGCUUUGGCUCUCUCUGCUACGACCCCCGUUUCGUCGGCGGCGACGGCGUAAUGUUCUACUUCCACGGCGCAAAAGGCGGGAACUUCGCCAUCGUCUCCGACGACAACCUCCAAAUAAACGCCCACUUCAUCGGAACCCGACCGGCGGGACGAACCCGCGACUUCACAUGGGUACAAGCCUUCUCAGUGAUGUUCGACACGAGCACUCUCACCAUUGCCGCCAAGAGAGUUUAUAAGUGGAACGACGCCGUUGAUGCCUUCACUGUGAAAUUCAACGGCCGUGAUAUCACCAUCCCGACCGACGGAGAAGCAGAGUGGAGAAGAUCGAAUUGGGAAGAAGAAGAAGAAGAAGAAGGAGAAGAGGAAAAGAGAGAGGUGGUUGUGGAGAGGACUGACGAGACGAAUAGCGUGAGAAUUACAGUUUCGGGGAUUUUGCAGAUGGAUGUUAAGGUGAGGCCGAUUGGGGAAGAAGAAAACAGAGUUCAUAAUUAUCAGAUACCGAAGGAAGAUGCUUUUGCACAUUUGGAGACACAGUUCAAAUUCUUUAAUUUGAGUGAUUUAGUGGAGGGGGUUUUAGGGAAGACUUAUAGACCUGGUUAUGUCAGUCCGGUGAAGAUCGGAGUGCCAAUGCCAAUGAUGGGUGGAGAAGAUAAGUACCAGACUCCUUCUUUGUUUUCUUCUGUGUGCAAAGCUUGCAGGUUUCGGGGAGGGUCUUCUGUUUCUGGGAUGUUGGGGAAAUUGCCAGGAGCAACUGAAGAAUAAGGUGUUUAUGUUUGGGUUAAUUCAGUUCUUUCUGUAAUUUUGGGACAUAAUAAGGGCUAACAAAAUGCCUCCAUUAUAUC